AUGCUUGCCUGUCCAUGUGUCAGUCAUCUAGACUAUCCAGACACAAGCGGCUUGUGAGCCAGAGGGCCGGCACCCCCAGUUGUCGAUAUACCCAUGAUACCUUAACCAAGCCGUUCCUGACUUCCUCUCCCAUUUGCCUCAAUCUUCUCUUUCCUGAUUUCUUGUCCCGUUCGUCGUUUGACUGGUCAACGUCGUUGUCAUUUUCUUUGUUUGUCGUGAUUCCGGGGUUACGGCUUCUCAUCCGCCUCUCAAACGCAUUGUCACAUUAUAUCCCAAGUCUUCUGAUUCUUCUUUACCUUUGUUUUUCUUUCUCCACGUUGCCGGCCACAAGUGAGACUUCCUACCCAAUUUUCGAGCCGUCUCGACUGUAACCGACAUAAUAGCCGACAUCUCCUUCACCCAGUCCACUACUCAGCACGGCCCUGCUCGAGUAGGUAUUCACAAUGCCGGGGCCGCGGCGACUACUACAGCAAGCGAGCUCACUACUACUGGUCGUCGUCGCCUUGAGCGCGACAACAGUCUCAGCCGUACCAGCUAGCCAGCUGUUCCAACGACAGUCAACAUCAACAUGUGCGGCCGAGGGCUUCUCAAAGUGCCCCCAGGCCGGCUUGCCCGAUAACUUUUGCUGUCCGGCCGACUCGACAUGCAUUCCUUUGGCCGCAAAUACUGCGGCUCUUUGCUGCCCAAAUGGGCAAGACUGCUCGAUGAUACAACCGAUUUCCUGCGACACUAGCAAGCAGGAUCCAGUGAAGAACCCUCAAGCAGGCCUCAAGACCACUGUUUUUGAUGUGCCUUUGAAGCGGUGUGGUGAUAGAUGCUGUCCAUGGGGUUACUCUUGCAAUACCGAAGGUUAUUGUCAAAAGGAUGCGGAUCAGUCAAAGACGCCUCAAGAGAUGAAUAACAAGCCAUCGCCAAGCGUAACGACAACAGCAACCCAAGUGCCAAUUAGCAGUUCUCAAUCCUCCCAGACAACAUCCAAAUCAAUCUUCUCUGUGACCGAGCUUCCUGCAGGAACCGACAAGCCAACAGCAACCAAUAAGCCGACAGCAACCGACAAGCCUACAGAAACCGGCAAGCCUGCAGCAAGUGGUAACCAGUCAGCAGGGAGUGCAAAGCCGGUGGAAAGCGGAAAGCCCGACCAACAAGAUGAUGAUGAUGAUGACGAUGAUGAUGAGGACGGAGGAAGUCCCAAUCUCCUCAUCGCUGGCGUGGUUGCAGGUGUUGUGGUCUUCAUCAUCGGCGGCCUGAUUACCCUCUACCUCUGCAUCCUGAACCGCAGAGGCAAGGAAUCCGGAGCUGGAGCCAGUCAACACGGCCAUGGCGAGAAACCCCGCCUGAACCGAUCCACGUCCUCCUUCGGCAACAUCAUCAGCAACCCCAUCGUUGCCGAGGACACCAUCCGAACCGACUUCAACCGCUCAGUCUCCGCCCAAUCGCACCGCGGCCCUGACUCCGACUUUGCAGCAGUAUCAGGCAACGUCAACCCCUUUGAUACUCCCCCUCGCGGGUCUCCAAACCACCACAUCCGCAACAACAGCCGGGCCAAAACCCCGUCCGAGGGACAGGACAGCAGCAUAGCCUACGGUGGUUACGGACGUAACGUCAGUGGAAACGUUCCCGGCCCAUCAGCCUACACCGGCACCAGCAUCAGCAGCCGCAACAACUCCCCUCCACCAGCAGCAGCAGGCGGUCGACCCGGCUACACCACACCACCCAUUACCCCCUGGGGCGCAACGAGCGGACAAGAAAGCCCCCGCGAACCUAGCGGAAUCAGCAUCAACGUGUUCGCUGACCCACGAACAUUGACUCCCGAGCGGCUUGCCAAGAGCAAUUCCAAUGCCAACGCCAACGCCAACAGCAACACGUACUCCAAAUUCAUCAACACCAACACCACUAAUUACCCCUAUCUUAAUAACACCGAUGCCAAUUCCGAUACUUACAACACCGAUGAUUACGACCCCUUCAAUCCCGAUAACCACCAGGGGCAAUCAACCAGACCAGUGACAACCUUCACGGCAAUGAUGGAGGAGGCCGACUUGGGUGCCGUGGCGAGGGGUGCUAAGUACGUGCCGCCUACGCCCAAGACUCCGGCUGGGUUGCUGGGACCGUCGGUACCGGGGGCGGGUAACAUGCCGAAUAGGUUCUAGUAGGUUUUGCUCGCGAGCGAGCUGUCCCAUGUGUGUGU